CUGACGGGCCGCGGUCGACAUAGCGUCCCCUCGCCCUGUGAGGCAGACCCCCGUCUGCCCCUGGAGUCCCCGCUCUGCAUACCAAAUGAACGCAGCGAAGUUGAAGUAACUGCUGUCGAGGAAAUCAAACUACCUCCAGCUUUGGAAGCCAAGUCCUAUCAUUACAAUAUUAUUGUUCAUGUGGUCGCCGAAACCCAGUCAGGGCCUUGUGGUAGGCGUCUGCGAAGCUGCAGUUGCCACUCAGUCUUCGAGUCAAACGUGAAGUGA